AUGGCAGGAAAAGGUGUAUUCAUCGUCGGAGCGAAACGUACCGCCUUCGGAACGUUUGGCGGAAAACUCAAGGGGCUGAGUGCGACGGAUUUGGGAGUGGUCGCCUCGCAAGGAGCACUGAAGCACGCUAAUGUUGGUGCCGACGCGGUGGAUCAUGUCAUUUUUGGAAACGUCGUAGCGAGCUCUCGUGAUGGCAUCUACCUGACCCGUCACAUUGGUCUCAAGGCAGGCGUCCCACAAAACGUCGGAGCCCUCACCGUCAACCGUCUCUGUGGAUCCGGCUUCCAAGCGGUCGUCAACGCGGCCCAAUCCAUUAAACUCGGCGAAGCGAACAUUGUCUUGGCGGGAGGAACCGAGAAUAUGUCGAUGGUUCCAUUCGCAGUGAGGGAUAUUCGUUUUGGAACCGCUCUUGGAAAGAAAUACGAAUUCGAAGAUAUGCUUUGGGAUUCGCUGAGCGAUCCGUACGCCAAGCUAGCUAUGGGACAGACUGCGGAGAAAUUGGGUGCUCAGUACAAGGUGACACGUGCCGAGGCGGAUGAAUUCGCGUUGAGAUCGCAGACACUGUGGAAGAAGGCCCAGGACGCCGGGAUUUAUAAAAAUGAGAUUGUUGGAAUUACGGUGAAAGGGAGAAAGGGAGAAGAGAACUUCGAUGUGGACGAACAUCCAAGGCCAACGACAGCGGAGUCACUGGCCAAACUGAAGCCAGUAUUCCAGAAGGAUGGAUUGGUUAACGCUGGAAACGCAUCUGGAAUCUCGGACGGUGCCGCCGCGCUGGUUGUCGCUGGAGAGGACUCGGUGAAGGCAAAGAAUCUGAAGCCGUUGGCUCGUGUUGUGGCAUACUCGGCUGUCGGAUGUGAUCCGACGAUCAUGGGAAUCGGACCAGCGCCAGCGAUUCGCGAGGUGUUGAAGCAGAGUGGAUUGAAGAUUGGAGAUAUUGAUAUCUUUGAGGUCAACGAGGCGUUCGCCCCACAAGCGCUCGCCGUCCAGCGUGAGCUCGGAAUCCCAAUGGAGAAAUUGAAUGUCAAUGGAGGAGCCAUCGCUCUCGGCCACCCUCUGGCCGCGUCUGGAGCCAGAAUCUCCACCCACAUUGUCCAUGAACUUCAACGCCGCAAUGUCAAGUACGGAAUCGGAUCCGCCUGCAUCGGAGGAGGACAAGGAAUCGCGAUUCUUUUCGAGAAAAUCUAA